AUUUUCGGCAAUGUUGACAAUUAUGAUGUGAUUUGUUUUAAAUUUACUAUAUUAAGUAGGAUGUAGUAACAAAAAAAUAAAAAAAUAAAUCUAAAAAAAAUGGAGAGACAAAACUAAAAUUAAAUUAGGACUAACUAAUUAUUUGCGAUUUUAAGUAAUGAAAUUACUAUGAAAAUUAAUUAUCUUCAUCUGCUUAUCCUGUAUAUGAGUAUCAGCUUGAAACUAUCUGCAUUUUUUGUUGUCCCUCCUCCAUCAUUUGCUGAGGAGCCUCAAGACACAUGGUUCUUUAACUCAUCACCAAACUCAUCAUCUAAUCUUAGUUGUGUUGCAAACCAACAUCCAGUGGCAGUUUCUUAUCAGUGGAUGUAUGAAACAGAAAUUGUGUCAAAGUUUACAAAUUUUACUCAUAUACAAGUAGAGAAGUAUGGUGCAUAUGUUUGCCUUCUUUCAAACUCUUUUGGAACAGUAAGAAGUCGCACAGCACUAGUUAAAAAACCUGUGAUUAAAUAUCAAGAAAUUAAAGAUUUUCAUAAAAACAUUAUAAAAGGUGCUUAUUUGUUUUUACCAUCUCUGGAAGUUUAUGAGAGCGUUCCACCAGUUGCUGAAAUAUUUUGGAGAAAAAAUAAUAAAUCUGAAAAGUGGGAAGUUCUUCAAAAAGAUUUAUACACAAAAAAUGGUAGUUUGCUUAUUCGAAGCGUUAAUUCUGAAGAACACAACACAAGUUUUAGUUAUAUUAUAAAACAAAAGAACGAUCACUUAGUAGUUGGCUACACUGUUACUGUUAACAUAAUAGUGAUUUCACCUGACUCAAAUCAAUGUGAAAACAUAAGUCUUGCCUUGAUAGAAAUGCCAACUAAUGUUACAGUCUAUGCUGGACAAGACAUAUCAGUUGAGUGUUUAACAUUUUUUUAUCGUUGCAGUUUUGCUCCACCUAUUACUUGGUUUUAUAAUUAUUCAAGUGUUAAAAAUGAAAUUCCAAAAGCCAAAGCUGUUCUUCAUAUUUCUAACAGCAGAUUAUCAGAUAGCGGUAACUAUAUUUGUAAAGUAACAGGAUUUAACUAUCAACUUCAAACAAUUGUAACUGUUUUAGUAAAGCCAAGUCUGAAUAUCAUAUCUGAAUCUGUAACAAUUUAUAUCAAAGAUGAUGCUCCAAUCACAUUGGAUAAAAUAGCAUUAACAUCAACUGUUGGUCUAAAAAGUUUUGAAUGGUAUUUUAAUGGAAAAUCUUUGUCUAGAAAUUCAAAAUACAAUUAUACUUUAGAUUACAAACUAAUAGUUAAUCAACCAGUUGAAUCUGAUUCUGGAAUUUAUCAAGUGUUUUAUUUUUUUGAUGGAUUUGAAUUAAAGCAUGCUUUCAAUGUAUUUUUCCUUAACGAUGAAACUAUUAAAGUUACUGACUUACUUACUUCAACAUCAACUUUAUCUAGUAAAGUUUUAACAACAAAUUUUAAAACCUUAUCCCAUUCUACUGAGGCUGUAAAAUUCUCUUCUUUAUCAUUUGUUUCUGUUUUUUCAUGGACCAAAUCACCACCACUUGUUCCUAAUAAAGAGUUCAUAAAAAAUGGUGCAUUAAUAAUUAGCCUGUCUGUUGGAAGUGCUGUUUUGGUUAUUGGCCUGUUGAUUGGCUUAAUUAUGAGAAAACAAAAUAAAAAGAAAGAAAAUAAAGGAACGGAAAUGUCUGAAAAGAAAACAUCAGAAGCAGAAAAUGAUUAUGUACCUAUACAACCAGAACCCCAAAGUCUGUAUGAGCCUUAUGUAUUAAGAAAUUCUUCAAACUUGAAUUCUGAAUAUAAAUCUCAAGAAAAUCCAUAUUGUGAAUGAAAUUUCGGAGUUAGCACUAUAUAUAUCAGGUAGAUGUAUCGCAGAAAACAAAAUUACAGAAGAAUGAAAUUUUUCUGCAUUUAUUUUUUUAA